UAACACAGCUUUAAAUACGGAAACAUUGUUAAUAGAAGAAAGGUGAACGUCUCCCGCCUCCCGUCGUCAUUGUAAACAACAACAACAACAACAACGUCACGUAUCGAGGACGCGCUCGAGCCAGCACCACGCGACAGGGACUGACAAGAUGGCGGUCCCUUUGGAACCAGAGGAGUCCUGGCCGUGAAGGAGAGGCUCGAAGCCAUCAUGCCCGGGGAGGGUCCCAAUUCUCAACUGCCGGUGUGAAACGUUGACACACACACACACAGCACACGCAGACUGGCACACAGACGGUCAGUGGCUGACUGACUGACAGCAGGCCGGGCGUGUGCAAUGGACAGGUGUAAGCAUGUGGGGCGGUUGCGGCUGGCCCCGGACCACUCCAUCCUCAACCCCCAGAAGUGGCACUGUGUCGACUGCAACACCAGCGAGUCCAUAUGGGCCUGCCUGGGCUGCGCCCACGUGGCCUGCGGGCGCUACAUCGAGGAACACGCCCUGCAGCACUUCCAGCAGCAGCGCCACCCGCUGGCGAUGGAGGUCAACGAGCUCUACGUGUUUUGCUACCUGUGCGACGACUACGUCCUGAACGACAACGCCACCGGAGACCUGAAGCUGCUGCGCAGCACGCUCAGCGCCAUCCAGAGCCAGCGCUAUGAGGUCACCACGCGCAGCGGACGCACCCUGCGCUCCGCCAGCGCCGCCCCCGACGCCCCGGUGCCGUCCGGCGCCCGCGAGCUGCAGCUGAGGGACGAGGACAGGAUGUUCACGGCGCUCUGGCACCGCCGCAGGACGCUCAUGGGACGCGUCUUCCGCCUGUGGUUUGCGCUGACCGAUUGCGGAAAGCAGAGGGAGGAAGAAGAGCGGAGGAGGGAGGAGGAGGAGGAGCAGAAGAGGGAGGCGCGGGAGAGGAGGCAGGCUCUGAAGAGGCAGCUGCAGGAGGAGAUGGAGAACGCCCCUCUCAGGAAGAGCCGCCGUUUACGCCGGAGGAGCAAGCGAGAGGCACCGCCGGCGCUCACGGCGGCGUCUCAGAGGACGCGCAACCGGACAAAACCCCCCGUGGCUCCUCCCCUCGCCCGCAGGCCGAGGACCCGCAGCCCCGCCGCCGCUCCCCCGAGGAGGAGCGUGAGACCGAAAAAGGCCCAACCCGCUCCCAAACCCCGCACACGUUCCGCCGCCGCCAGCAAACCGAGGCGCAAAACGCCCUCGGCGGCCCCCUGUUCCGCCCGAACCCCCGUCCCCCGCAAGCAGGGCGCCAAACAGAGCGGCUCGCCCUUCAAGCGGCGUCCCACUGUCACUCCUGGGGUGACGGGCCUGAGGAACUUGGGCAACACGUGCUACAUGAACUCGAUCCUGCAGGUGCUGAGCCACCUGCACGUCUUCCGGGAGUGCUUCCUGCGCCUGGACCUGACGCAGGCGCUGGAGCUGCUGGCGUCCGCCGUCCAAGGCCAACUGGCGGCGAGUCCCCGGGAGUCCCAGUCCCCCCCGACCCAAAGGCGGGGCUUCCAGGCCAGUCGGGGUUCCGGGGCGGGGCUGAGCGGCGGCGCCUCCCGGACCCGCAGCAUGGAGCUGAUACAACCCAAAGAGCCCAGCUCCAAGCACAUCUCCCUCUGCCACGAGCUGCACACCUUGUUCCAGGUGAUGUGGUCGGGCAAGUGGGCGCUGGUGUCGCCCUUCGCCAUGCUCCACUCGGUGUGGCAGCUGAUCCCGGCGUUCCGGGGCUACGCCCAGCAGGACGCGCAGGAGUUCCUGUGCGAGCUGCUGGACAAAGUGCAGCGCGAGCUGGAGAGCACCGGCAAGCACACGACCACCGGGGGGGUCCCGCAGAAACGGCUCAUCAAGCAGGUGCUCAGCGUGGUCAACACCAUCUUCCACGGCCAGCUCCUCAGCCAGGUGACGUGCCUGGCCUGCGACCAUCGCUCCAACACCGUGGAGCCCUUUUGGGACCUGUCCCUGGAGUUCCCCGAGCGUUACCACAGCAACAGCCGCGAGUCGGCCGCUCAGGCCUCGUGUCACCUGACGGAGAUGCUGGCCAAGUUCACGGAGACCGAAGCGCUGGAGGGGAACAUCUACGCCUGCGAGCAGUGCAACUCUGCUCGCCGGCGGUCCUCCUCCAAACCGGGCCUCCUGACCGAGGCGCAGAAACGGCUCAUGGUGCACAAACUGCCUCAGGUCCUGCGGCUUCACCUCAAGCGCUUCAGGUGGUCCGGGCGGAACCACCGGGAGAAGAUCGGCGUCCACGUCCGCUUCGACCAGCUCCUCGACAUCGAGCCGUACUGCUGCCGCGAGCCCUCGCCCAAAGCGGCGCCCUGCUCCGCCCCCAGCAGCCCCGCCUCCCCGGUCUCGCCGCGCCCAAAGCACUUCCUGUACGACCUCUCCGCCGUGGUGAUGCACCACGGGAAGGGCUUCGGCUCCGGCCACUACACCUCCUACUGCUACAACACAGAGGGAGGCUUCUGGGUUCACUGUAACGACUCGAAGCUGAACGUGUGCUCGGUGGAGGAGGUGUGCCGCGCUCAGGCCUACAUCCUGUUCUACACGCAGCGGGUCACUCAGGACAAAGACCGGCCGCUAUAGGACCAGAGUGCCCUUCCUCCUCCUCCUCGGCUUCACCAACCGCCCCCCCUCCCUUCGGGCAUUUUUAUAUCCCAAGAGGAAAAUAAGUUUAUAUUUUUCUAAAUAAGAGGGGGAAAGAACUCCUUUUUAAAGCCUGGUUCUGCUUUGUGAACUUCUUGUACAUGUUGUUUAUUUGUAGAUUUUUUUUUAAAGAAAAUGGUGACGUGUGAUUUGCCUACAGGUGUAUUUUAUGAAAGAGGAUCAGCCAAGAUGUGUUCUCAGUAGCAGCCAUGAGACCUCUGGAGGCCGUACAGGUGCAUCUGCCCACUCGUUUUUUGUGGAUUGUAGAUGACGUUUUUGUUUUAAAUCAAGUGAAAAUGUCUCAAGUCACUUUAGAUAGUGGUCACAGAACUGGAUGUAACGUGUCAUUCACGCGCCCCCCCCCCCACCGUUGGCUAGAACCCUGGGAACAAAGACAGAAAUGCACUAAUUUCUACAGAAACGGUUGGUUGGUGCUGGGUUUUUUUUAAUGGGGUUUAGUUUCGGUGGGGGGGGGUGAACCUCAACCAAAGCCAGGAGGGUUAAUGGAAAAACCUCUCAGCCGUUGCGUUUAUUCUUUCUAAAGAAAAGCAAGUCUAAAAGCUGACCCAACCCCCCCGUUCCAGAAUGUAACUGUCCAGAGCCGUUCCGGGUCCAGUGUUCUGUUCAAGUGCCCUUCUUUUUGUAUAUUUUUUAUACCUCGAUUGUUGAGGGCUGAAAUCACUCAGACCAGCGUUCACACUAUGAAUGUAUUAUGUUGUUGAUCGUUGGGACACCAGCAGCAGCAGCGAUGACUGAUUCACCACUAAGUUUGUGUACAUGCUGUAUUUCAUUUACCAUCUGGUCAGUACAACAUCCAGAUUUCUGCAAUGUAUACAGAUGAAUAUUUAUCUCCAUACUGGAGAAAAACUGUACAACAUAAAAAAAGGUAUUCUCCACCUCAACCACGUUCCCUUCAAAGCACACUUUCAUGUUGUUUUCCUUCGUUGUCGGUGACUACUCGACGUGUGCGUUCAUGAAAGAAAUACUAUGCAAGUUGUUACCUCAAUAAAUGAGAAUAUUUUUUCAUUUUUCUACAUAAGGUGCGGGUGUCUUUGCUUUUUAUGGAGGAAGCUGUGGAAAUAUAUUUUCCAUAUAUUCC